GUGCAUAACAUGAAUGCCCAAUGCCUACAGAUGCCAGAGGAGGGUGAUGGAUCCCUCAGAACUGGAGCUGUACAUUGUUGUAAAAAACUCCAAGCAAAAUUUUUCAGAAUUGUCUCCCCUCGGUCUCCUGCUAAGCUUUACUGCUGCUAUGUAUUGAUCACGGUCCUCACUGUAGCUGUAGCUGCUCUUUCUGUUGCUUUGUCAGGUAAAAACACAGAACAAAUCUCAAUAAAAAAUAAUACCUAUGCUGCUUGCCCCAGCAACUGGAUUGGAGUUGGAAAUAAAUGUUUUUAUUUUUCUGAAUAUGCAAGUAACUGGACAUCCAGCCAGGACUUCUGCAUGAAACAAGGGGCCCAACUAGCUCGAAUUGACAGCCUGGAGGAGCUGUAUAUCCUAAUGAGAUACAAGGGGAUAUUUGAUUACUGGAUCGGCCUGCACAGAGAGUCAUCAAAGCACCUUUGGAAGUGGACAGACAACACUGAGUAUAACAACUUGGUUCCCAUCCGAGGAGUAGAAAAUUGUGGAUUCCUGAGUCACAGGGGGGUCAGCAGUAGCAGGGACUACAUAAACAGGAAGUGGAUUUGUAGCAAGUCCAGCAGCUACACCUUACAGUGCCAGUAG